AUGUCAAGUAAUUUAAUUAUUAAAAAAAACAUUUCCGUUGUAUUAAAAUUUAAAAGUUUUAUCAUACGCUCAUAUGCUGAUUUGGCUUAUAAUACAAAAACAAAUGAAAAAACCAAUGUUACUAAUGAUAAUAAUCAAACUUAUGAAAGUGUCAUUACUUCUGUAAAACCUGGAAUAAAUUCCACCACUCAAUGGACAAAACAUCACCCUAUACCAGAUCCAAAAUUCGAAGUUGUGUCUCCAGGUACUUUGGGUGCUUUACUUUUGGUUAAAAUUCCACCAAGGUCAGAGAUAUUUGCAUUUCCUGGAGCUGCCAUAUCUGUAUCAAGCAAAAUACACGUUGAACGUACAACUGAAGGAAAUAUAUUAAUUGCUUUAGGUAGAAAAUUUGCUGGUGGAUCUUUAAUCUAUCAUAAAUUCUCAACAGGUCCUGACCCUGGUGAUGUGAUCUUAAGUCCAAAAAAUUUAUCUGAUAUCGCAAAGAUUGAAAUGGAUGGCGAUUCGGAAUAUUAUGUUCGUAAAAAUGCUUUUCUUGCAAGAGGUCCAAGAGUUUCAAUUAAUAUUGGUCAUAUUCGUGGAAUGGGGGCAUUGAAUGCAUUUGCAUACCGUGUUACUGGUAGAGGUACAUUAGUAAUUUCAAAUUAUGGAACCAUUCAUAAAUUAGUACUGAAUCCUGAUGAUGAUUAUUUGGUGAAUGCAAAAUAUCUUGUUGCAUGGAACUCAAAAACAUAUCCAAUAGUAUCUAAUUCAUUAAUUAAAUCAUCAUCUAUCCAAAGAAAUAAACUUGUAAAUAGAAUCAGUCAAAAAAUAUCAGAGACAUCUUCAUCAUUCCUAGAUUCAAUUAAAAGCAGUCCAACAAUAAGGCCUAUGUUAAAUAGAAUUUGUAAAUUUUCUGUUGCAACGAGAAAAUGGGCUUUUGGUGGUCCAGAAUUUCUAAAAUUAACGGGACCAGGAGAUUUUUAUUUAUCAAGUAGAAUUGAGCCGGUUCUUGGAGCAUCACCCUCAAUAGAAGAGAUUGUGGCAGCAGAUCCAAUGAACUCACAUAAUAAGAAACCAUCAUCAUCGUUAUCAUCACCACCUUAUCUUCCUUCAAUGUCAUAUGCCAUAGUUUCAAAUGAUGGAGGUAUUUCAUUCGUAAAAUCACCUUCAUCAUCGAAAAUAGAAAACGCAUCAACCCUAGCAAAUAAAAGUUAUGGGAUUAAACGUUGGGUAUUAGGAAAAAUAGGAUUGAAUAAAAAUAUAAAAAGAGAAUAA